AUGUAUAGGACCCUGAGAAUUGCGAGUGUGGGCCCUGUGUUCAAAAAGUGCGGCAAGAAUGCUAACUCGGGGACUACAGAAGGACCUUUAAAUGGUCCUCCCACGACCGACAGCGAUACUUUCUCGGCCUCGGCAACUUCGGGUAUUGGCAGUGAUGGUGGGAGAGAAAGUGGUCCCGGUGAUGGUUUGAUCAUCACCUGUAGCAAGUGCGGUGCCCCCUUGCACCCUAUCGAACCAUCAACCUCUCACAUCUCUCGUUUCAUGAAGUGUGGUUCCUGCCAGCAGCUAUAUACUUUCAUCGACAAAACUGUCCUCAAAUCCUUUGUGAAACUUGAUGCCAAUGCAUCGAAUCCACCACCUUCUCCCAAACAGAUUCAUAGCUAUCUUGAUCGCUACGUCGUGGGCCAGGACCACGCCAAAAAGGUUCUCUCGGUGCAAGUCUACUCGCAUUAUAAUCGCAUUCACCACAAUCGUCUCAAUUGCGAAGGUGAUCUCACCGGUUCAGCGACCCUCGAACAAGGCGCGUACUCGAACUCAAAUCCAGCUGUCACCGACGCCAUUGUACGGCCGAUCAGUCCUGCAUUUACCUCCUUCCCCUUUCAUUCUGGCAAACCAGUCGGUCGGAGAAUUGAUGCCUCUGGCCCUUCUGUUACUGAACUCUUUCAUCUGCUUUCCGACGCGGGUUCUCGACCGGGAUCCACCAACAACAUUCGGCCUGCGGAUACAGGCGAUCCAACCCACCAGGCGCCUGAAACAAUUGCCGGCUCUCGACGCAUUUAUGAGUCUCAUAAGAGUGAACCUGUAAGGCUGGAGAAAAGUAACAUCAUUCUUCUCGGGCCCACUGGAUCUGGCAAGUCAUGGAAGACACUGUUGGCGCAGACGCUGGCGCAGUGUCUGGACGUGCCGUUUGCCAUCUGCGACUGCACCACUUUGACGCAGGCGGGCUACGUGGGAGAGGACAUUGAGUCGGUGAUAGCUAAGCUCCUACAAAAUGCCAACUUCAACGUGGAGCGCGCUCAGCAGGGCAUCGUCUUCCUUGACGAGGUCGACAAAAUCUCCAGUCGUGCUGGCCUUCUCCACUCUAUUCGCGAUGUGGGCGGCGAAGGCGUUCAGCAGGGUAUGUUGAAGAUGCUGGAGGGGUCAUUAGUGAGUGUACCCGACGGCAAGGGUGCACGAAAGAUACGCGGCGAGUCGGUGCUGGUGGACACCACCAACAUCCUUUUCAUUGCAUCGGGCGCCUUCACUGGCCUCGACAAACUUGUGGCUCGACGCAAAAGCAAGCAGCGGAUCGGUUUUGGUGAUGUGGAAGAGGAGCAGACUUUGACACCGACAUUCUCUGCCGAUAGUAUCGGUGCGGGCGCUGGGACGGUGGUGGAGGAUGGUGAUGAGGAGAUGCUGGAGACGGACCGCCUAUUGGCUCAGGUGGAGGCGCGUGAUCUCAUUGAAUUCGGUAUCAUCCCCGAAUUCGUCGGCCGCUUCCCAAUCAUCACUGCCUUCCACGCGCUCAGCGAGCACAUGCUCACUCGCAUCCUCACCGAGCCACGCAACGCCCUACUCCUCCAAUACAAACUCUUAUUCCAAAUUGACAAGUGUACCCUAACCGUCACCGAAGAUGCGUUGCGGGCCAUCGCACGCCAGGCCAUGAUGAUGAAAACAGGAGCCCGUGGCCUUCGUGCCAUUAUGGAGAAGGUGCUACUGCAGCCGCGAUACGACGUGCCUGGCUCUGGUAUCUCUGAGGUGAUAAUCGACGAAGACGUGAUAUUAGGUCGAACGGAGCCCACCUAUGUAUAUGCGGACACCCAGGGCAGCUGCGGGGUGAGGGGAGAGGAAGGUGCCGGCGAUGAUGAUGCAGAGGAAGCUACAGCAGAAGCGACAUCGGCCACCACUGCAGGGUCUACCUCAGCUUCAGUUUCGUGCUGUCUAAGUGAUUCUGCACAAUACCAUACUCUCUCUCCCGCUCUCUGA